CUGCGGUGGCGGCGGCUUGUGUCUCCAAAGUCCAAAGUCCGAACUCCUCCACGGCACGGCGGCGUCUGACGGCUCACCCCAACUCGUCGCCUUCCCCGUCCUUCCCGCCGUCGUGGAGAGGAGGUCGCGCGGCUGGCUCCCGCCGCUUCCGGACGGUUCGGUCUCCCAGCUUCCGCGGUUCGGAGGGAGCAGGAUCAGCUGCCGCGAUGUUCCCCAGGAUCUCCCGGCUCGGGGCGCGCCUCCUGCGCGAGUCUAGAGCCGAGACGAGAGCUGGAAAUUUGCUAAGCAGUCGAGGCAUUUUGUAUCAAGGUCAUGUUAACCGGCAUUCGACCCCAGUGAUGACCCCUACUGUAUUAUCGUUGCGGAAUGUCCUUUUGUCAACUGCAACAAGUGGUGAGCAGGAUGAAAGCAGUCAGCCAAAAGAUAAAAUCUCAGUAACAUUUGUCAACAAGGAUGGCUCAGAAAAGACAAUAAGUGUUCCAGUUGGCAUGUCCAUGUUAGAAGCUGCUCAUGAAAACGACAUAGAGCUUGAAGGAGCAUGUGAGGGCUCACUUGCGUGUUCUACUUGUCAUGUAAUAGUAAUGGAUGUAAACUAUUAUAACAAGUUAGAAGAUCCAGCAGAUGAAGAAAAUGAUAUGCUUGACCUUGCAUUUGGGCUCACAGAAACAUCACGCCUUGGUUGCCAAGUGAUCGCGAAGCCUGAACUUGAUGGUAUGCGGCUGGCAUUACCUGUAGCCACAAGAAACUUUGCAGUAGAUGGCUAUGUACCGAAACCACACUGAAGAGACAGUCAUCUAUCCACCAAACUGAGGAGGCAGUCAUCUUGGGGAACACGGAUUCUUACAACAGUCAGUUUUGUAGUUUAUAACCUGUAACUUAACUACAGCUUUGUUUACUUGUAGUCCGGCUGGCUUCGGACUACCUUUUUGAGGGAGGGUUUGUUCAUUGAUGAACCCCCGGGUUACUUGCUGAGAACAGUGCUUCAUCUGGGCGAAUAAACAUAGUAUUUCGUUCUUUGUGCAGGGCGAAACCAGCGAAUAAACAUCUUUCGUUCUGUGUGUACUCAGAAACAAUUGCAUCAUAUUUUGCUCCCAAUAUUUGGUCCUUUGCAACUUUGGCCGCUGUUCCGAGGCCAGAAGUACAA